ACUGGAAAGGUAGUCCCUCGGUCAUCCCAGGACUCUCCUUCACUCUCCCACUGAUGCGUCGAGGCGUGCCAGUGUGUUCAUGUGAUGCGGGAAGGAUGUGUCCUAAAAGAGUUUGCAGCGAGCCAAACUGCAUCACUUCUGAGUUCGACCACCGCUCAGCACUCAUCUUCGGAUAUUCCCCCUUUCGCUUUGCAGUUACAUCGGGUGAAAGGGAAGAAACCGAAGAGAACAAGAGAAGGAUUGUGAAAUGGGAGCGACGACAUCAUCCGUGCAACGGGACAGCAGAUGUGAGGAGGACGCAGCGGCAGAGGAGCUCACUGCAGCGGCGAGCGAUGCCCGGGAUGACGGCAGUGCUGAUGACAAGGUGUUACAGAAAAAUGGACAGAUCUCCAGUUUGAAUGUAAAGACAAGGAGCCAUGCAGAUGAAUUAAGUGGCAACUUAGAGGAGAGAGUACUUGCAGAUGUUGGCUCAGGGUUUGUCACUCUGCAAGAAGAUGGCACAGAAACAAUUGAAGACCUCCAGGAAAUGGAUGCUCUUGAACCAGUCACGAAGAAUGAGAGCACAGAGAUGGUUAAUCCAGAUAGUGUAUCUGUGAAGGAAGAAACUGUGGAGGACAAUCAAGUAAAUGAUAUCAAUGAAGUUGGCUUCAAAAAAAUCUUCAGAUUUGUUGGAUUUAAGUUUACCCUAAAAAAGGACUCGUGUGAAAAGACUGAAGCAAAUGAGCCAGAAGAUAAAGUUGCAAGUGCCUCAGAUGACUCCAAUUACACCCAAGAGAACUGUGCAGUGGAAGCAAAUGAAAACACACCUGUUGAGACUGUUGAACAACGUGAGGUGUCUUCCGAGCCUGAUGCAGCUGAACCCUCUCAACAAACAGACAAUGAAAAGGAGCUGGAUCAGGACAUAAAGAUAGUGGAGCAUCAUGUGGAGGACACACCUGAGAAGGAACUGGCCAAAGAAGAAAGCCCUGAGCCGGAGGAACCGAUGUCACCAAUCAAACAAUUCUUUACGCAAGGAAUCUUUGCCAGUUUAAGAAAGAAAAAGAAAGAAGAGGAAAUCCAAAAAGAGAGUAAGGAAGAAGAACUCAAAAGAAUCGAGAAAAUGGCUGUAGAAGAGGCCGAAAAAGAGGACAGUAAAUGCAUGUGCCUUGAUAUUCCUUAUAUUAUGUCAGAGGAAGAAAAAGAUUCACAGGAAAAAGACACUGACACAUUGUUACCUGAAGGAGACCUUCAGAAUUCUCUAGAGAAAGAUAAGGUACAAGGAAGUCCACUUAAAAGGCUUUUCAGGAAAUUUUCCACAAGAAGGCAGAAAGCUGCCGAAAAGGUGACUGAGUCAGAGGAACGAGUCUCUGAACAGCCAAAACCAUCCUCAGAACUGAUAGCGCUCUCAAAAGUGGAGGAACCAGUGGUUGGGGAGCCAAAACCUGCUGAAGAGGAGCUGGUGGCUGAUGUAAGCCCUCAGGAGUCCAAAAAGAAAUCUGACACCACCGUUUCCUGGGAGGCACUGAUUUGUGGUGGCUCUGCUAAAAAAAGGGCUAGAAAAACAAACGAGGAGGAAACGCCAGACAAAGGAGAGGAAUAUGAGAAAACAACUGACUCUCCACUUGGAAGUUCAAUUGAGGGUGAUUAUGAUCAUCUCACAUCAUCUAAUGAACAAACUGUAAGUCCUGCAGAGGGAGAGGUGGGGUCCACAUGGAAAACAUUUAAAAAAAUGGUCACCCCAAAGAGGAAGAUCCGAACUGGAGAAAGUGGUACCCCUGAGCAGAUACCUUCCGACAGUGAGAUGAACAAAGACGAACCAUUUUCUAUGAAGAAACUUAUUCCAGGGCAUAAAAAGAGGAAAUCAGAAGCGAGGAAAGAGCAGACAUCCUCUGAUGAGGCUACUCAGGAAACAGGCGAUGAAGAUGAUGAAACCCCAGCUAUUAUUCCUUUGUCUGAGUAUGAAAUAAUUGAGCCUGAAAGUCUGAAGGAGGUGAAUGAACAACGAGUUGAAAUCACAAUAGAACAUGAGAUGCCAGAGAUGACGUCACAAGUGUUAGAACAGGACACAUCCACUAACGUAGUGCCCAAAAUUGCAGCCAAAGUUCCAAUUAACACUGGACCAGCAGUCAUACAUGGAUUACCAGAGGACUUUGAAGAACUUACAGAAUUUUUGAGCAAGCAUCAGCAGCUGAGUGAUAUUCCAGAAGAAGGCAUCAUUGAGGAAAGCAUUGAAACACCAGUAUCAUCAGCUGAGUGGACAACACAGGAUGACACGUUAGCUGAGGACAUUGUGGAGUUGACAGCUGAUGCGGUCACUGCCCCAGAACCAGCAAGUGAACAAUUUAUUGGGGAUGACACUACUGAAAUGGUCUCAGCAGUCUCGCAACUAACUGAAUCACCCAAGUCAUCUGGACAUGUUACACCAGUGUCAGCUGAAUAUGGCAUACAAACAUCAGAUGUCAUUCUACAGGAAGCUAUUCAAUCCAUUGGCAUGACUCCAAGUGUUCAAUCAGUAACUACAAAAGAUGAAAGCCAAGAAUCUCUGGCCGUGUCGUUUUCACCUUAUGUUGUACAGUCAUCCACACUGGAGGAAACAAAGGUUUUGGUUGCACAUAAGAAAACCGAGGCAACAGCAAUAUGUAUAGGCCUAGUAUCUCAAGAAAUAGAACCUGUUGAAGAACAUCUCCCUGCACCCUUAGUGGAGGCAAUACCUGAAGUUAGUGAUGCUGUCCCAACUGAAUUAGUCUCUGAUAACUUUACAGAUGAAACUGAAAUUGCAGGGCUUGGGACAGAUGAGGUCUAUGAGGCUGAAAUUAAGGAAGUGAAGACUGAGUAUCAGGAAGUAAUUGUAAACGAAAAAGAAUCUGCCACUGAAACUGAGCUACGUGAACAAGUCAUUCAGUUAGAGGCAGAGCCUCUUGUGAAAGAAUUAGAGGAAACUUAUAUGGAGGACAAAAGAGAGGAAUGUACAACUGGUAUUGAGACAACGCAAAGUGAAGCUGGGCUGGAUCAGGUUAUGUCAGACUACACCCGUGGUCCAGAAACAGAGUAUCCACUGCGUUCAGUGUUAGAGGAACCUGUGUAUGAACAACCAGUAGCUGCUGAACCUGAAAAAGAGUUGACGCUUUCAGAUGUUGAAUUGUCCGCUGCUGAGUUUGAGCAACCUGCACCCACCGAGUCUUUGACACAUGGUGAUGUGGACACCAUUCUUGACACUACCACAAGUAAAGAAGUCAAAGAUAGUGAACUUAUUGCCUCUACUGUAGAGUGUCUGGAAACCAAAGAGACAGUUAGUAUUGUAAGUCCAAUUUCAGAUCACAUACCGGCAGAGAGACUGGAGUUAGAAGAGAGUUUAAAAUUAGAAACAGAUGAAUCAAUACAUGUUGAUGUCUGUGAAACACAUGUUGACGUAAAAGAUUUAGGUGAGUCAGGGGUGACUGUGGAGGGCAUCAGUGAGAAAAAGGAAGAAAAAGAUUACGAAAUAAUGGCACAGCAGGACGUUAAGGAAAUACAUGUAGAAGAAGAGAUUGGGGGUGCUGUUGCUUCAGAAGUUGUUAACAAUACUGAGACUGAAAAUAUUUUGGAAGCUGGAGAUGAAUCAUUAGCCAGAGAAGAGUUGCCAGCCAAGGAGGUGUCACUUCCAGAACUAGUAUUAGUUGAAGAAGCUACGGAGCACAAUAAAGAGGAAUCUGAUGCAAAUUUGGAUAACAAACUGGAAGACAGUGCGACUGACAGAAUAGAUGGGAUUUUUGUGGAGGAGGAAGAGGAACAUGCAGUAAAGGAAGGGCAACCUUUAAGCAAUGAAACACAAAUUGAAGAUGUUUCUGCACAUACAAAUACUACUGAUGAAUCUCCUGAAAUAAGUGCUGAUACAGGAAGAGAAUUUGGGGAUACGGUUUCUGAGUUUUCAAAGGAUGUAUCUGAGCACAUAGAAACACCAGCAGAGCCUGAAGCUAGUUCUGAAGUCAUACUGAAACCUCUAGAGAUGGUGUUGCCAGAAAUUGAAGCAAAACCUGUAGCAACAGAAACUGUGGUUUCUCAAACAGAAGACUGGAAUCAGGACUCCAAACCAAGUCCAGAACUUCCCAAAGAGAAUGAAGAACCAGCAACAACUGAGAAUAUUAAGACUGGUAAAGUUUUAGAGAUGGUUGCCAUUAUUGAGAACACAACAAAACAGCUUAUAGUGUCCGAACAAGUAACUGAGGUACUUCCAAAAUCUCAGCUAACAACAGCAACAGAACAAGAGGGUGAAGCAAUAGAUGGUGACCAGGCCCCAGCAAAGACAUCAUCAGAAAUGAAAGAAACAGCAGUUCCAGAAGAAAAAGAUACAAUGGCCGUUGCUUCUAAACCAGAAUCAGAUAGGUUAGAUUCAGGGCCGACUAUGAUUGAAGUGCCUGCAAUCACAGUGCAGGCACAAAAUUAUGCUGCUACAGAAAUACAAGAUAGUAAGUUGAGUGAACAGAAGAAUAAAGCAGAAAAAAAUGCUAAGCUAAAAUGUGAAUCUCUUGAACAGGUAACAGAAAAGACACUGUCAAAUGAGUUGCAGGUGGACAAGACAGAAAUACCAGCAGUAAUGGAAAUAAAACCCAUUGCACAGGUACCACCAAUGUCCACUGAAGUUACAGCAGAAAUGCCAGAAGUAGCUGUUUCUGAGAUGCAACCACAAGUAGUGAGUGAACUCAGGGCUGAGACGUUUGAAGUCACAGAACCAAAGGUAGAAAUUCCGGUGGUAACAGAUGUGAAAAUAGAGACAGCUGUAGUAACUGAACUGGAAGUGGAGACACCAGUUGUCACAUCAGUGGUUUCAGAACUUGAAGUAGAAACACCAGUGGUUACAUCUAUGGCAAAAACAACUGAUACUCAAAAUUCUGCUGUUACGUCACAAAAUCAAAACAUAGACACUGACAGAUCAGGGUUGGCAACAGUAAUCAAAGAACAAGUGGUGGAGAUUCCCACUGUUAUUUCUGUGAUAGUGACACCAGCUACAUCUCUAGAUGAAGUAAAACCAGUUGUAACUCUAGGCAAUAAGUCAAAAGAUGUACCUCCAGUAAAAGACACACCUGUUGUGACUGUAGGAGUAGAAACACCAAAUGUUGAAUCAGUGAUUGUGAGGACUGCUGUGGCCCAAGUAGUAGAGAUACAGAAUGUGAUUCCAGUGGUAGCACCACCAGAUCUUGGUUCAGUAAUAGUAACAGAAGCUGCAUUUCCAGUGGUAAGUAUAGCACCAGUGACUACAGUAGUAGAAGCAACAGUUGUAGAAACACCUGUUUUUACUAUCACAGCAGUAAAAUCAAUUCCAGCUAUGGUAGAGAAAACAGUUGUGUCCCCUGUAGUUGAGAUCCCAGCUACAGUAACAUCUGCUGUGGAGACUCCAGCUGUUGUUUCAGUGGCAGAGACUGUACCUCCAGAAGUGGUUACACUAGAUGGGACCCCAUUUGCAGAAACUUCUGUGAGCCAAAUAUCUGAAACUCCCGUUGUUUCCAUCACAUCAGUAAAACCAACUGUAACAGCAGUGGCAAAGACACCAGUUACUGAGAUACCAGCUAUGAUUUCAGUGACAGUAGCAGAAGCUGUAUCUCCUGUAGUAGUUACAUCCACUGGAAUUCCAGUAGUAGUAGAAGUAGUAACUUCAACUGCAGAGACAUCACCUGUGACACCAGUGGUAGAAACCCCAGCUCAGAUUUCAGUAAUUGCAACAGAUGCAGCACCUCCAGUUACACCAGCAGCAACUGCAGCAUCAGCUGUGAUCCCAGUGGUACAGACACCAAGUCAGGUUUCAGUGAUUAUAACAGAGGCUGCACCUCCAGUAGUUGUUUCAGGGGUGACUGCAGCAGUAGAAACGCCUGUUGUGAUCCCUGUAGUAGAAACUCCUGUUGUAAAGUCAACUCCCGUUGCAGUUGUUGAGACACCAGUUGUGACUCCAGUGGUACAGACACCAGGUCAGGUUCCAAUUAUGGUAACAGAGGCUGCACCUCCAGUAGUUGUUUCAGCAGAGACUGCAGCAGUAGGGACACCUGUUGAGAUCCCAGUAGUAGAAACUCCCGUGGUAAAGUCAACUCCAGUUGCAGUGGAUGAGACACCAGUGACACGGACACCAGGUCAGAUUCCAGUGAUGGUAAUAGAGACUGCUCCUCCGGUAGUUGUUUCAGCAGAGACUGCAGCAGUAGGGGCACCUGUUGAGAUUCCUGUAGCAGAAACUACUGGUGUAAAGUCAACUCCAGUUGCAGUUAAUGAGACACCAGUGGUACAAACACCAGGUCAGGUUCCAGUGAUGGUAACAGAGACUUGUCCUCGAGUAGUUGUUUCAGCAGAGACUGCAGCAGUAGGGGCACCUGUUGAGAUUCCUGUAGCAGAAACUACUGGUGUAAAGUCAACUCCAGUUGCAGUUAAUGAGACACCAGUGGUACAGACACCAUGUCAGGUUCCAGUGAUGGUAACAGAGACUGGUCCUUCGGUAGCUGUUUCAGCAGAGACUGCAGCAGUAGAGACACCUGUUGAGAUCCCAGUAGUAGAAACUCAUGUUGUAAAAUCAACUCCAGUUGCAGUUGUUGAGACACCAGUUGUUACCCCAGUGGUACAAACCCCUGUUCAGUUUUCAGUGAUGGUAACAGAGACUGCCCCUCCAGCAGAUACUUCAGCAAAGACUGCAGCAGUAGAAACAUCUGUUGUGAUCUCAGUUGUAGAAACUCCUGUUGUAAAGUCAACUCCAGUUGCGUUGGUUGAGGCACCAGUUGUGACCCCAGUAGUACAGACAUCAGGUCAAAUUUUAAUGAGGGUACCAGGGACUGUCUCUCCGGGAGUUGUUUCAGCAGAGACUGCAGCAGUAGAAACACCUGUUGUAAAGUCAACUCCAGUUAUGGUGGUUGAGUCACAAGUUGUGACCCCAUUGGUACAAAUCCCAGGUGAGGUUCCAGUGAUGGUAACAGAGACUGAACCUCCAGUAGUUGUUUCAGCAGCGGCUGCAACAGUAGAAACACCUGUUGUGAUCCCAGUAGUAGAAAGUUCAGUAAUAAAGCCAGCUCCUCUUGCAGUGGUUGAGACACCAGUUUUGACACCAGUGGCGCAGACACCAUGUCAGGUUUUAGUGGCAGUAGCAGAGACUGCACCUCCAGUAGUUGUUUCAGCAGUGUCUACAGCAGCAGAAACACCUGUUAUGAUCCCAGUAGUAGAAACUCCUGUUGUAAAGUCAACUGCAGUUGCAGUGAUUGAGACACCAGUUGUGACCUCAGUGGUACAGACACCAGGUCAGGUUUCAGAGAUGGUAACAGAGACUGCACCUCCAGUAGUUGUUUCAGCAGUGGCUGCAACAGUAGAAACACCUGUUGUGAUCCCAGUAGUAGGAAGUCCAGUAGUAAAGCCAGCUCCACUUGCAGUGCUUGAGACACCAGUUUUGACUCCAGUGGCGCAGACACCAUGUCAGGUUUUAGUGGCAGUAACAGAGGCUGCACCUCCAGUAGUUGUUUCAGCAGUGACUACAGCAGCAGAAACACCUGUUGUGAUCCCAGUAGUGGAAAAUGCAACUCCAGUUGUAGUGGCAGAGACACCAGUUGUAACCCCAGUGAUGAUGACACCAACUGUGACUCCAAUAGCGGAAAGGUCAGUUGUGAGCCCAGUGCUAGAAAUUACAGCUGAAGCACCAACUGCAAUUGGAAUGGCAGAGAGACCCGUUAUGAUCCCAGUGGUACAGACACCAGCUCUGGUUUCAGUGAUUGCAAAAGAGACUGCACCUCCAGUAGUUCUACCAGCAGUGACUGCAGGAGCAGUAACGUCAAUUGUGAGCCCAACAGUAGACAUAAAGCCACCAGUGGCAAUGGCAGAGACACCAGUUCCAGGACCAGAAGUACCUGCAGUGAUCUCGGCAGUACAAACACCAGUUGCAGAGCAGGUAGCACAAACACCAACAACACCAGCUGUGCUCUUGGUAAAGGCAACAUCAGUUGUGACUGGGAUGGAGGCACCCGCUGUGACUACACUAGAAAAGGCACGACAGGAAACACCAGUAGCGGAGACACCCCCUGUGGCACCUCCUGUUGUGACACCGGAAGUAAAGCAAGCAAUGUUGCAGGUAGUACAGGAGAAAAAGGAAGCAAAGGCAGAGACCUCAGUCACGUCUAAAGAUGUUGAACUACCAUUUGUGGCUGUGAAAGAGGUAAAGACGUCAGUUUUAACUGAAGAGUAUAUAUCCGACAAAGAAAAUGGGAAUGCUUCAUUGCAGCAUGUGCCUGCGGUUACUACAGCAGAACCUCAGUCAGAGGUAGAGGAGGAUGUGUGGGAGGAUGCUGUUGAUAAUAUUGGAGAUUCCCUGUGUCAAGUAACACACACAGAGGGUUCACCCCAAGAUGCAGCUGCUAAACAAGCGUCUGAUGCUGCAAUCUGAUAGUGCCGUGCUAAACCAGAUGAAAGAUUUGAAAGAGUUGGUGCAAGUUUAACAAGGACAAUUCUGAACAUUUUACACCUGGAAGAGGCUCAGCACAAAAUCAGCUAGGACUCACAUUUCUUACAACAAAGAAACGACCAAACCACUGAGAAGUAAAAUUACAUCAUUAAAGUUCCAUUAAGCAAAAGUGAUCAAUCACCACAUUUUCACAUUUUACUUUGACAGAAAAUUCUUCCAACAUAUAAAACCCUGGAAAAGCAGCUAUUUUGUCAUAUUUUUA